AUGUUUUCCUUCCGUCGCAAGCCCAAGCAGGCGCCCGAGUCGCCUCGCAUCCGCACUUCGCCUUCUCUGCCAGAGCUGAAUAGCCAGGGCAUCCCAUGGCCCGAAGAUCUUGUGGAUAUUACCGCCAUACGCCAGGAGUCGCUGCCCGAUGCAGUUCCCCCACAAGGUGCGGCCAAAACCUCUUUGCAGAGCGAAGCUACAAUACCCUUCCAUAAACCGUUUCGGCCGUCCACAGGGAGGGCGACUCAGGGUGCUGGUGCGAUAUCUUCCAUAUAUAUGGCGGGGCCGCCGGCAACCUUUGACAAACAUGUCCCUCCUCCACCGGCUGGCAGGUACAGCCAGCGACGGGCUCGCAUCCCACCCACGUUCAAUCUUAUGGUGGUAGGAGGAAAGGGAACUGGCAAGACAUCGUUGCUCCGGCUAUUGUUGGAAACCGCGGACACCUCUCCCGGGGCCACAGUCGACCAGAAAGCUGCAGUGGAACGGUUUUUGAAGGGCUCGACGAAGACCACGCAAGCUAUUCAGACCGCUUGCAUCGAAAUAUGCGAGUCGCGCUUUGAUAGGGUGUUGUUUUCAGUCAUCGACACGCCUGGCCUCGACUUUUUGGAAGGACAUGAAUUAAAGCUCGAACGCCAGGUCAACAAUGUCCUCAAGUAUAUCGACGCGCAGUACGCGGAUACCAUGAGCGAGGAGUCCAAAGUUGUACGACAAAGCAAGGGAGAUCAGCAUAUCCACCUCUGCAUCUACAUGGUCGACCCGGAUUCUAUCAUGACUGCAGCUGCUAGGGGAGAGUCGUUGUCCAUACCCGCGAAAACACGUUCGGCAACGACGCUCUCUGCACGAACGCCACCAGACCUCGUAGCUGACACGUCAUCUGGGGAUGAGUCUGAGGAUGAAGAAGAUUCUGCGCUAACGAUGUCUCCCGCUGAAAUACGUGUAAUCCGAAGACUGACAGCGCGUGCCAACGUCCUACCUGUGAUCGCUCGUGCUGACUCCCUGACUGACGAAAAACUGGCUGCCGUCAAGGAGGCUGUGCGCACGGGUCUUGGAGAAGCAGGAAUUGAUUUUGGCGUGUUUGGACCCACGAAGAAGGCUGAACCCAAGGCGACUCCUAAAAGACAAACCCAAUUUGCUCUCCCUGACGAAGAAACAAAUGGAAACGGUCAUGCAAGCCCUAUUCCUGAGGAAGCUGACAGCGACGAGGAAGACGAAGAAAGAAAAUCUCGUCCCGUCAUCAAACUCCGUUCCACGCGACACAGAGCCCUUUCUCGUUCACGCUCCCGCCGCGAUCUUUCGCAGGCCGUCGAGGACGACCGCCGCCCCGUGUCUCCAGACGUGAACGAUAAGGAUAGCGUUGCCAAUGUCCGUUUCUCCGCCCAUAUCGUAGCGAAGACCGACCUUUCCACCCUGCUCCCGUUCGCGCUUAUAGCCCCCGAGCCAACUAAACGUCGCGCAAGGCGACAAUCGCCGGAGCAUUCUAACUUGGCGCUACCCUCCUCUCCAAUUGUUCAGCCCUCUGAGGACGGCCACGAAGGCGUGCCCGAGACCCCUGCUUCGGUACAUAGUGUGCGGAACUAUACAUUCUUACAUAGUCCUCCAGAAGAUUUGAAGGGCGUCUUUGUCCGGAAAUUCCGCUGGGGAACCGUUGAUGUACUUGACCCCAAUCAUUGCGACUUUGCUGCGUUGCGCACAGCUGUUUUAUCUACUCAUUUGAAGCUUCUCAAAAUACAUACCAAAGAGGUUUUGUAUGAAAAGUACAGAACUGAGAAACUUUUAGCGCGGCGCGCAACCAGCAAUAUUACUGAUGAAGAAAGACAACGUUUGUUGGAAGAUGAACCCAAAUAA